CUUUCAGCUUUCUCCAUCCCCCACUCAUACCAUCUUCGUGACCUUCUUACUUACCGCUCUUUACCUUUCAUUUUGGCUCUCUUUUUAUUAUUGUUAUUAUUAUCAUUGCCCCUUCACACUCAUCUCUUCGUAUAACGCACCAAUAUUUAUCAGCUCCAGCUGAUGAUCAUCGAUCCCCAACAAUGAGAUUCGAUUUUCAUUUGUGUUCAUGGGCAGUAGUAGUGACAACAGGAAGUUUAUUGAGAUCGUUGAGGUUGUGAAAUCAUGGAUGCCGAGGCGGUUGGAGCCUUCGAAAAUGUCCAGGGAUUUCUGGAUGCCGGAUGCCAGCUGCAGGGUGUGCUACGAGUGUGAUUCGCCCUUCAAUAUUAUCAACCGCAAGCACCAUUGUCGAUUGUGUGGCCGAGUUUUCUGCGCCAGGUGUACUACAAACUCUGUACUCUCAUCAUCUUCCGAUGAGUUCGCCGCCGGUAGGGUUGGAGAUGGGGAUAGGAUCAGGGUAUGCAAUUUUUGCUUAACCCAAAGGAAGCAGCAAUCGGUUGCUGGUAAUAAUGACAUGAUGGUAGAAUCGAGUCCUGGAUUAAGUUUGUCGCCGUCGUCUUCGAGCUUGGUUAGCACGCAGUCGAGCUGCUGCACGUGUAACAGUGCCGGUUCGGGUGGUUAUUCUGCCGGAGUUUUCCCUCAGGGCCAUUGUUGGCCGGCAGAGGCAGACUCUGUGCAGAUGGACUCUAGUUUAGGUAAUAAAGACCGGGCGAGAGGUUUGGGAAAGGCGGGUUAUCUUGAUGCCAGGGAUAGUUUCAGUGAGCCAUUUGGUUCUUGCAGCAGGAGUGAUGAUGAGGAUGACGACUACUCGAUAUGCAGAUCACACUCAGAAGCUGCUUCCACUAGUCCUUUCAAUGCGAGCUAUGAGACGAAUGACUAUUAUCAGGUUGCUCACAUCUACGAGCGAGGUGAGGCGCAUCCUACGGAGGGAAGCGAACAUGGAGCUUGUGAUGCUAUCCCGUUGCUAGAACAUUAUGAGAAACAGGGGCCAGACCGUGGGGAAGUGAGUGGAAAAGAUGAGGAUCUCCAUAGCGAUCAUGCUCAACCGGAUCCAGCUCCUUUAAAUGGUAUCAACGUCGUGGAUUUUGAAAGUGUUGAAUAUGAAAAAGAUGGUUUUAUCUGGCUCCCUCCAGAACCUGAGGACGAAGAAGAUGAGAGGGAAGAUGUUGCAUCUGAAGAAGAUGAUGGGAAUGAGAAUUCAGCAGGAGAAUGGGGUUACCUGCGCUCGAGCAGUUUUUUGGAUGGGGAAUAUCGUAGAUCACACGAUGAGCACAAGAGGGCUAUGAAGAGGAUCGUUGAUGGACAUUUUAGAUCUUUAAUAUCUCAACUUCUGCAGGCCGAGAAUGUGCCUGCGAACGAGCAUGAGAGUUGGUUGGAAAUUAUUAUGGCAUUGUCUUCGGAAGCUGCUACUUUUAUAAAGCCGGAUACAAGCAGAGGUGGAGGAAUGGAUCCUGGUGGAUAUGUGAAGGUUAAGUGUGUGGCUUGUGGGCAUCGAAAUGAAAGUACUGUAAUUAAAGGAGUGGUUUGCAAGAAAAAUGUGGCUCAUCGACGAAUGACUUCAAAAAUUGAUAAAGCUCGGAUUCUACUGCUCGGUGGCGCCCUGGAGUACCAACGUGUUGCUAACCACUUAUCGAGUUUUGAUACGUUGUUGCAGCAGGAAAUGGACCAUUUGAAAAUGGCUGUUGCAAAAAUUGAUGCGCACCAUCCGAAUGUUCUUAUGGUAGAAAAAUCGGUAUCUAGGUAUGCACAAGACUAUCUUCUUGCUCGAAACAUAUCUCUAGUACUUAACAUCAAGAGACCUCUUUUAGAGCGUAUAGCUCGAUGCACCGGUGCACAGAUAAUACCAUCGGUUGACAAUCUCUCAGCACCAAAACUGGGAUAUUGUGACUCUUUUCAUGUGGACAAGUUUCUGGAAGUUCAUGGCAGUGCUGGACAAGGUGGAAAAAAGUUGACAAAGACACUCAUGUUUCUCGAAGGUUGUCCUCGACCGUUAGGAUGCACUAUACUGCUAAAGGGUGCCAGUGGGGAUGAGCUUAAGAAAGUGAAACAUGUAGUAAAUUAUGGCGUUUUUGCUGCUUAUCACUUGUCGCUAGAGACUUCAUUUCUAGCUGAUGAAGGCGCGUCAUUGCCGGAGCUCCCUUUGAAAUCUCCUAUAAAAGUUGCAUUGCCUGAUACACCCCUAAGAUCUGGAAGCUCGAUUUCAAUAAUACCUGGAUCCACUUCUCCAUUCUCUGAAAAGCCGCAAGAUCAGCAACACUCCAGCAAUGCUGAUGAACCAUCCGGGAUGGCCCCGUCUAACCCUGAGUCCUUCUGGAAGAAAGAUUCCUUUUCUCAGACCCAGAGUUCUGAAUUUGCAAUCAGAGAUAUGGAUCUAACUGUGGGUUGUAGUCCUCAGGUGGAAGGAAAUCAUGAUUCUAAUUCCAACAUUUUCUCUGAUUCUCAAUCUUCCGGACCGGGCUUUGGCUAUUCACAUGGUGAUGGAACGAAGUUGUAUUCAAUCUUGGAUAAUUCUGAGUCAGUACAGUUGGAACAAUACAACACCGAACAGACGGGGGAUUCGGGAGCACUGAAAGAAGAGUUUCCUCCCUCGACAUCCGAUCAUCAAAGCAUCUUGGUCUCUCUAUCAACCAGAUGUGUGUGGAAAGGAAGCGUAUGUGAACGUGCUCAUAUUUUUCGAAUCAAAUACUAUGGCAGUUUUGAUAAACCAUUGGGUCGAUUUCUUCGAGACCAUCUGUUCGAUCAGGACUACAGAUGUCGGUCGUGUGAAUUACCUUCCGAAGCACAUGUUCAUUGCUACACUCAUCGACUAGGCAGCCUCACAAUUUCUCUACGGAAGCUUCAAGAAUUCACAUUGCCAGGCGAGAGUGAAGGGAAAAUUUGGAUGUGGCAUCGAUGCCUGCGAUGUCCGAGGAUCCAUGGUUUCCCUCCAACUACAAAAAGGGUUCUGAUGUCUAAUGCAGCCUGGGGCUUGUCUUUCGGGAAGUUUUUGGAACUCAGUUUUUCGAACCAUGCUGCUGCAAGCAGGGUUGCUAGCUGUGGCCAUUCACUUCACAGAGAUUGUCUUCGGUUUUAUGGUUGCGGGAGGAUGGUUGCAUGUUUUCGGUAUGCGCCGAUCAAUGUACAUUCUGUGUAUCUCCCGCCACCCAAGCUUGAAUUUGACUACCACAGUCAGGAAUGGAUUCAGAGGGAAUUCAAUGAGGUCCGCAACAAGGCAGAUCUACUCUUCUCGGAAGUGUCAAAAGCGCUUAAUCAGAUCAUAGAAAAGAAUCACAACACUAAGAUGACAGAAUCAGGCUUUGUCCAACAGAUAUCGAAGCUGGAGUCAAUGAUACAGAUGGAGAAGAAAGAAUUUGAGGAGUCAUUGUGGUGUAUGCCUAAAAUGUCGGCAAAACUGGUCCAACCUGAAAUCGACAUUCUCGAGAUCAACAAACUGAAACGCCAGUUAGUUAUUCAUGCUUACGUAUGGGAUCAACGCUUGGUGAAUGUUUCUAGAUCGAAGGAACAGGCUUCGAAUUUGAGAGAGAAGCAAAGUGAAGCGGACAUGGUUUCCAGAUCGAAGGAACAGGCUGCGAAUUCGAGGGAGAAGCGAAGUGAAAUGGACAUAGUUCCCAGAUCGGGACGGGGUUUCAGCAGCUGGGAUCCUUCUCUUGCUAAUAUGAUUCCUGAUAUGAUCAUGGCUGACGCCAAACAUCGCCAUGUUGAUUCUCCAAACAAGACUCACAAAGGAGCAGAUACUGGCACUUAUAAUUCUUCUGGCGCGAAUUCAAGCAACCAGCCGGAGAUGCUGCAAUCUGGAAAUACAGUUCGAAGGGCUCAGUCGGAAGGGCAGAUUGUCGUUAUGGGAGAUGUACCUGAAAAUGCUGACAUGCCCUCGGCUGAUUCUUCCUCUGGCAUCCUUUCAACUGAAGUAGAUCCAGCUGGUGGUGUAACUGAGGCUCAAAAUUCGGCAUUGCAUACAAAGGAGUCUGAUGAUGUUGAAAAUCCGAGUAAUUGGGCGAGCACGCCUUUUUCAGUUAUAUACCAGUCUUUCAACAAGAAUUCAACGGCGUGCUUUCUGAAGCUCGGCAAAAUUAGCGAGUACAAUCCUGUCUAUAUCACAUAUAUGAGAGAGCUGAUCAAUCAGGGUGGUGCUUGCCUGCUGCUGCCUAUGGGUUUGGAUGAUAUCAUUGUGCCGAUUUAUGAUGAUGAGCCUACUAGCAUUAUUUCUUAUGCUCUCGUCUCGCCGGAUUACAAGAACCUUAUGUCCAAGGAUCCUGAAAAGCCGAAGAAUUCUUUGGAGCUAUCAUCCUCGUUCUCGUUAUUAAAUUCAAUUAAUUUGUUCUCGCUACAUUCUUUUGAUGAAUCAUCUUCCGAAACCCUGAAGAGUCUCAGCUCCGUUGAUGAGAGCAUCCUGUCAUCUGGCUCCCGGAGUUUCUCAGCAUUGGAUCCUGUCCAAUUCCCGAAUACUACUCUGUACACCAGGAUUACAUUCUCGGAUGAUGGCCCUCCGGGGAAGGUGAGCUACUCUGUAACAUGUUAUUACGCGAAGCAGUUUGAAGUUUUGAGGAAGACCUGCAUUGCAAACGAGGUGGAUUUUAUCCGCUCCAUCAGCCGGUGUAAGAAAUGGGGCGCGCAAGGAGGUAAAAGCAAUGUGUUCUUCGCGAAAACACUGGAUGACAGGUUUAUAAUCAAACAAGUGACGAAGACAGAGCUCGAGUCGUUUCUCAAAUUUGCGCCGUCUUAUUUUAAGUACCUAAAGGAAUCAAUCAACAGCGGAUGCCCGACUUGCCUCGCCAAGAUCUUUGGAAUUUAUCAGGUUACGUCAAAGCAUUUGAAAGGCGGUAAAGAAUCAAGAAUGGAUGUCCUCGUCAUGGAGAAUCUUCUUUUCAGACGAAACAUCACACGGAUAUACGACCUGAAAGGCUCUACCCGAUCGCGGUACAAUCCCGACUCAAGCGGGAGCAACAAAGUUCUACUCGAUCAGAAUUUGAUAGAAUCCAUGCCUACUUCUCCGAUCUUCUUGGGAACUAAGGCGAAACGUCUAUUGGAGAGAGCCAUCUGGAACGACACUUCAUUUCUUGCCUCGAUAGAUGUGAUGGACUACUCGCUCCUUGUUGGUGUUGAUGAGGAGAAGCACGAGCUGGUGGUUGGGAUUAUUGAUUUCAUGAGGCAGUAUACGUGGGAUAAGCAUCUCGAAAACUGGGUGAAGGCGUCGGGCAUUCUGGGAGGGCCUAAAAACGUGGCUCCCACAGUGAUAUCUCCAAAACAGUACAAGAAAAGGUUCCGGAAGGCGAUGUCUGCUUAUUUCCUCAUGGUUCCGGAUCAGUGGCCUUCGUCGCCGUCGCCAGUCCAUCCCAGCGGCUCCCUCUCCAACCUCUCUGAAGAAAACUGGCAAGAGAAGGUGAUCCCAUCUCAUUGAUCUCCCUCUCUUACAUUCUCGUGUUCUUACAUGAUCAUAUAUAGUAUGCAUAUAAUGCACAUAUAUCUUCUGUUUGUUGUAGACCUGAAUGCAUGGCUACUUUUAUUUGCCACGAAAGAUUUUGAUGUCAUACAUAAAUACAUAUAUUAGCUCAGAAUUGAAGUGUAAAAUUCAUAUCUACAAAUUUCAGUGUUCAAUAAACCUCUGUUGUUGUUUGAAUUCUUGAAACUGUCUGAAUUUUCUUUGGUUACCAUCUUUUAUAUUUCUUUGAUGUAAUGAUAUCGACAAUCCCUUUUUAUAA